CAAUACACGCUGCGUUAUUCACUCCGUUACUUUAUUUUUAUAACCAUCAAAAGAAGCGCUGACUUACUUUCGCUAAUAACUUUAGCUUAUGUAAGAAACCACGGGUAAACUAUAUACCUAAAGACAACAUGUCAUCUGUAUGGAAAGCGCAAAAAAUGAAAAAUAUUUCGUAAAAGUUGUCAUACCUCGAAAUUUCAAACUUUUCCUCGCUUCUCUCUGUAAUUUCUAUUAUUUGUUUUAAAAUGGGAAAAUAAAAGUUCGCUGUAACUGCUGUUUUGCGCGAUAAGAUAAAGCAGACGAAAUCUUAUUAAAUGCAAAAAUAUGAGUAAUUUAGGUAUCCUAGAUGUAGAAGAUGUAGUAAAUUUUGCAGUAGAUAAAUAUAAUGAACGUUUUAAUUCUUUUCCAACGGUAUGUGGUUGUGGUCCUGGCAGAGUAAAUCUGAUAGGAGAACAUACUGAUUAUAACGAUGGUUUUGUACUUCCAAUGGCUCUUCCAAUGGCUACUGUUGUUGUUGGACGACAAAGCUCAAGCAGAAUGUGUCGCAUAAUUACAACUUGUCCUUAUGUUGAUGAUCCCAUUGAAGUUGAGUUUGAAAUCCCUGAUGAUGAAAGUGGAAAAUUGCUAACUCCUGGGAAACCCAUGUGGACCAAUUAUGUCAAAGGAGUCGUAGCAAAUUUUAAAGGUAAAAUUGUGGGCUUUAAUGCAGUGAUAUCAACAAAUGUGCCAGUUGGUGGAGGACUUUCUAGUUCUGCAGCACUUGAAGUUGCAACAUAUACAUUUUUGGAAGCACUUAACAACGAACCUUCAUCUGUUGGUCUUGUUGAAAAGGCCUUGGCAUGUCAGAAAGCAGAACAUGAAUAUUCAGGCACCCCAUGUGGCAUUAUGGAUCAGUUUAUAUCAUUUAUGGGUAAAAAAGAUCAUGCUUUGCUCUUAGACUGCAGAUCCUUGGAAUAUGAGCUUCUGAGUUUAAAUAAUCCAGCAGUUGCUGUCUUGAUAACAAAUACUAAUGUUAAGCACAAAUUAACAGAGAGUCAGUAUUCGAAGCGAAAGGCACAGUGUGAAACUGCAGCUCAACUUUUAGGUAAAUCAAGCCUUAGAGAUGUCACAUUGAUUGAACUGCAAAAACAUAAAGAAGUCCUAGGAAAUGAACUUUAUUGUCGAGCCCUGCAUGUUGUUACAGAAAUUCAACGUACAGUUGAAGCUGCAGAAUCACUCCGAAAGGAAAAUUACCAUCACUUUGGAUAUCUCAUGAAACUGAGUCAUGAAUCUCUGAGAGACAAUUAUGAAGUUUCAUGCCCAGAACUCGACAAAGUUAUGGAAGCAGCUUUAGAAAUUGAUGGUGUUUUUGGAUCAAGAAUGACAGGAGGAGGAUUUGGUGGAUGCACAGUAACAUUGCUAACAACUGAUGCCAUCGAUAAAACAAUGCAAAAUAUUAAGGAGAAAUAUGAAAAGACCCCUACAUUCUAUGUCUGCAGACCAGGUGAUGGAGCUCGUACAAUUAAACUGCCAUGAUUAUAAAAGAAUUUCCUAUUCAUUUUACAAAUAAUCUAAUGAUAAUUUAUUAUAUUUUCUUAUGCAAUUUUUUUUUAUACUGUGUCCCAUGAACCUCAAAAACUUUCAUAAAGGAAAAAAUAAUUAAUUUGUACAGCUUUAGAUGAAAUAUUUGUUGUAAAAAUUUUAGAUAUGGCAAAAACAAAACAAACAAAAAAAAAAAAAAAAAAAAAAAAAAAA